AACAUAAAUUCUCUACAAUAAAUCGUGCAGUCUUUGUCACAACAUCCACCUUCCAGAUACUGCGAGCAUGCUAACGGAGCCCAGCUAAUGUUAUGGCGUUAUGACCGACAGCUUUUCUUCAUAAUGUCUGAGCUUUUUAUGGAGUGUGUUGAGGAGGAGCUGGAGCCGUGGCAGAAACAAGUUCCAGAAGUUCACUUGAUUGAUGAUGAUGAUGAUGAACCCAUCUUCGUUGGAGUGCUCUCUAAUAACCAAAAGGAUGAGAAGCUUAAGCCUCCACCUCCUCAGAGGAACAUAGCAGCAAAACAAGAAAUAAAGCGUCCUGCUGCUCUGCCUGUUGUGGGUUCUUCACCAGUAAUACUGCCAUUAACUGUGGCUGGAAAUGCUGCAGCACCUAGUGUGACAGCAGUGACUCCACAGCCUGUUAUCAUCAAUAACCAGGGCUUUAUUGUCACCUCUCCGCAAUUAGCAAACAGCAGUGAGUUUAUUGCCUCCCUUGGGACGCAUUACCCUCCAGGGACAUCAUUUACAAUUGUCCCAGCUGGUCAGCAACAGCUUUUUCAGCAGGGCAGUCCAGGCACGGUAAUACCUGGUGCUGUCCACAGGCCUCAGGUGCAACAAAUAAGCAACAACAUUGUGACACUGUCUAAUGUCCAGAGCCCUGCUGUAUAUUCAACACAGUCCAACCAGCCCAAAUCACACCCUCUUCAGACCUUCCCUGUGCCUGUAAAGGCCAUUAGCAAUAACAAAGUUGAAAGCUCAGUCAAACGAGACAUACCAACACAGCAAACAGACAGCUUAGCAAAAAGAGCAAAGAUUGAUUUAGGGCCACCAAAAGUAACCGCCAGAGAGGAAAAUGGGAUCUUAAAGCAAAAGUGCCCAAAAUGUCAAGAAGAGUUUAUACAGGACACCCUGAAAUUUCAUUUGAUGGCUUGUCGUAAGAAUGUAAAAGGCACAGCUGCAUCAACUAUGACCAUUAGUGCAAACAAGCGCAUCAUGCUGGUCUCAGAUUUUUACUACGGCCGCUUUGAAGGAGAUGGGAAAAAGCAAGAGGGGCAGAAGACCAACAAUACUUUCAAGUGCCAAAGCUGUUUAAAGGUUCUCAAGAACAAUAUCAGGUUCAUGAACCACAUGAAACACCAUCUGGAGCUAGAAAAGCAGAACAGUGAGAGCUGGGAAAGCCACACAACCUGUCAGCAUUGCUACCGACAGUACAUGACUCCGUUCCAGCUGCAGUGCCACAUCGAGAGUGCUCACAGCCCCAUUGAAUCCUCAACCAAUUGCAAGAUAUGCGAGCUGGCAUUUGAGUCGGAGCAAGUGCUGCUUGAACACAUGAAGGACAACCACAAGCCUGGGGAAAUGCCUUAUGUCUGCCAGGUGUGCAAUUACAGGUCCUCCUUCUUCUCAGACGUGGAGACACAUUUUCGAAGUGUUCAUGAAAACACAAAAGACCUGCUGUGUCCCUUCUGUCUCAAAGUUCUUAAAAGUAGUCACAUAUAUAUGCAACACUACAUGAAACACCAGAAAAAAGGGAUCAAUCGCUGUGGGAAAUGCAGAUUGAAUUUCCUCACCUACAAGGAGAAAGUGGAGCACAGGACUCAGGUCCACAAGACUUUCAGAAAACCUAAAGCCCUGGAGGGUCUUCCUCCAGGUACCAAGGUGACCAUUCGGGCCUCCCUCUCAGGAAAGAUGCCCGUCUCUCCUGAUCGACCUGGCGUUGUCAGUCCAGAACCACUACAAUUCAAUCAGCAAACCAAACCAGUCACUGUAUCUAAAUCUAAAUCAUAUGUAUCUGGAGCGGAAAAACCCAAGGCGACUCAGAGCAAGAAGAGAGAUGCUCGAACUGCUCGGCACAACCUGGCACUCAAAAACCUCAGACUCAGUGCAGGACGUUACACAUGCAUCGAGUGCAAUUCACAAGUUGACGACUUAUUUUCUCAUUUCCCAAUGGUUUCAAGUUGCGGUGCGUGCAAAUAUCGCACCAGUUGCAAAGUUUCCAUUAGUGAUCACAUGAUAAAAUUUCAUAGCACCAUCAACAGAGUCUUGAAAAGAGAUCAUAAGAGAAAUUCAUCUUCACUAAAAUUCACCCUGGUCUGUCUCAACUGUGACCUCCUCGUGGAUGCAUCAGGCGGUGACCUGAUGACUAAACAUUUAACUGAUAGGCCAAAUCACACAUGCAAAAUCAUUCAAGAUAAAGCAGAUGUGAAAGCCAAAGAUCGAGUACAAUUCAUCUUGACACAGCCAGCAAAAGUCUUGUACCUGGUGACAUCAGCACCUGCUCAAAGACCAAAGGAAAUGGAUUUGAAACUAGUUGAAAGUCUCACAUCUAGAAGUGUUUCCACUGAUGAAGCAGGAUCAGAGCCUAUGUUACUAGCAGCUGAUCAAGAGAAAUCUUCUGCAGAAGCCUCUUCUGAAGGAGAAUUAAAGCAGUCGUUGUUGCCUGCUUUAUCAUCGUCUUGUACAUCAGAUGGGGUUGUAGAUCUCUGUGAUGAGUCAGUGGUUACCUCAGAAGGCUCAGAUGUCAGAGAGCAGCUCCCUGUCUCAGCAAUUUUCCCGGAGAAUGAGACGGGGGAACAGCAAACUACGUCUGAAUGAACCUGUAAAUCAUCAAAAUGAUGCACAUGACAAACUGGAGGUUAAAUAACAGCUUCUUCAGCCAAACCUCAGCAUUUCGCUACAAAUCUCCUCAUGUUUGGCAAGUCCACUUCAACUACAGGUAUGUGCCAAAAGAUUAGAAUAUCG